GUAAGACAGGUGCCCUCGGUUCAUUCUCGGCGAGGGGCAGCAGUUGCCUGUGUGAGAGCGAGUGGGAAGCGUGUGUGGAUUUCUUUUUUACUUGAUUUCUUUCUUUUUUCUUUUUUUUUUUUUUUUUCGGAACGUCAUUCAGUGGCUGGAUGGCGUGGGACAGGUGUAACCAGGACUCGGUGUGGAGAGAAUUAGAGUGUGCUGCCUUGGUUGGUGAAGACCAGCCCCUUUGCCCAGACCUCCCUGAACUAGACCUCUCAGAGCUGGAUGUCAGUGACUUAGAUGCAGACAGCUUCCUGGGUGGCCUCAAAUGGUACAAUGACCAAUCAGAGAUUAUUUCCACCCAGUAUGGCAACGAUGCAUCCAAUCUCUUUGAGAAGAUAGAUGAAGAAAAUGAGGCCAACUUGCUGGCAGUGCUUACAGAGACCCUGGACAGCAUCCCGGUGGAUGAGGACGGAUUGCCUUCGUUUGAGGCCCUGGCAGAUGGGGACGUGACCAAUGCCAGUGACCGGAGCUGUCCCUCCUCCCCUGACGGCUCGCCACGCACCCCAGAGCCUGAGGAGCCUUCCCUGCUGAAGAAGCUCCUUCUGGCACCCACAAACUCCCAGCUCAGCUAUAAUCAAUACACAGGUGGCAAGGCACAGAACCAUGCAGCCAGCAGCAACCACCGGAUCAGACCACCACCUGCCGUCGUCAAGACGGAGAGCCCCUGGAAUGGCAAAGCAAGAGGGGGCUCCAGCCAACAGAACCGCCCGGUGAGGCGGCCUUGCACUGAGCUGCUGAAAUACCUAACAGCCACCGAUGACAUCCUGCUCCACACCAAAGCCAGUGACGCCAAGAGCACCUGGGGGGGUGCCAAUAGCAGGGACAAGAGUGGCCUGGGUCUUGGUGCCUCUUCCUCUUCCUCUUCGCCAUCCUCGUCAUCCACAUCCUCGUUCUCCUCCCUCUCAUCAAUCUCUUCUUCCUCUUCCUCCACCACCUCCAAGAAGAAGUCAGCUGUACCAUCUCAGCAGCAGCAGCAGCAGCAGCCGCAGCAGCAUCACCAGCGAGCCAAACCAACCACCUUGCCACUUCCUUUGACCCCAGAGUCUCCAAAUGACCACAAGGGAUCACCGUUUGAGAACAAAACCAUUGAACGCACAUUAAGUGUGGAGAUUGCUGGAACCCCAGGUCUGACACCACCUACCACGCCCCCACACAAAGCCAGUCAAGAGAAUCCUUUCAAAGCAUCGGUCAAAACCAAGUUAUCUUCAUGUUCCUCAUCGGCCUUGGCAUUCAAAAGAGCCAGGCUGAGCGAAUUGGGCCCCGGCGCUCUGGCCCCGGCCCCAGGUGCCUCAGGCGGGGGCCCCACCAGGAAGGGUCCCGAACAGACUGAGCUUUAUGCCCAGCUGAGCAAAGCGUCCACCACCCUACCUUACUCGGUCACCCAACACUCUGUGGGAGGUGGACUUGAGGAGCAUCGCAGCACUAGCAACAAUAAGCGGGCGGGGUCCCGUAGCUACAGUGACCAUGACUAUUGCCAAGCAUCAGCUAGCACUAAGAAGGACGGAGGCACAGUCACUGUUACCAUGACUACAGCAGCGGAAAUGAUGGUCACCUCAGGUGCCACCGCUGCUCCCAUGCCUACUACAGGCAAAGUGGAGGACAGGCAUGUCGAAUGUAAGGACUCAGCAAUUCCACCAUCCUCUUCAUCAUCUUCAUCUUCUUGUUCUCCAUCAUCAGCUUCAUCUGGUCCUUUGGCUAAGCAGCUAAAUGUUGCCUCUGUGAACGGAGAAGCAGCCCGGGUCCAGGAGUUAGGGAAUCAGACCCUUACAAAAACCACCCAGAUGCCCUCACAAGAGGCCACUACUGACUGGGACCAACUACACUCUGCUGCCAUCAGCCGGAAGCUAUUGUGUGACCAGGAAAUCAGAGCAGAACUCAACAAGCACUUUGGCCCCCCCUUAAAAGCUUUUUAUAACCCGGGUGGCCAGGAGAGAGAAACAGGCAGCAAACCAAGUAAGCCUGCAGCCCCGAAGACCCUUGCGGAGGGAGAGAAUGGCUCCGACUCACAGAGGCUGUCUGGCUCCACCUACCUGCACCCAGGGUUCCUGCCCUUUCAGGAUGAGUUAGAGCUGGGUGAGGGCCGUGAGAGUCGCUUCCUCUAUCCGUGGGAGGGCACCCCUCUGGACCUUCUCUUUGACUGCCCCCCCUGCUCCCCCUCCUGUUCCCCACCAUCCAGCUGCUCCCCUUCACGAGGCUCCAUCUCCCCACCUUCCUCCCUCCUCCUCUCGCCCAGCAGGCCUUUCUGCUGGACCAGCAGCGGAUCCCGCUCCCGUUCUCGUUCCCACUCUGGCUCCCGCAGCUCCUCCUCGCACUACCGGAGGCGCUCCCUCUCCAGCUCACCUGACAGACGCCCCUCCUCCUGGUCUCGUCACAACACAGAUCCAAGCACCAUUCGUUCCAGGACUCACAAGAGCCCCCACCCUCAGUCUCGAUCUCCUCUCAGCCGCAGGCCAAGGUAUGACAGCUACGAGGAGUACCAGCACGAGAGGCUGAAGAGGGAGGAGUACCGCCGGGACUACGAGAAGCGGGAGUUCGAAAGGGCCGAGCAGAGAGAGAGGCAAAAGCAAAAAGCAAUAGAGGAGAGACGGGUGGUGUACGUGGGGCGACUGAGGUCCGACUGCACCCGGACAGAAUUGAAGCGCCGCUUUGAAGUCUUUGGCGAAAUUGAAGAAUGUGCAGUGAACCUGAGAGACGAUGGGGACAAUUUUGGCUUCAUCACGUACCGCUACACUUGUGACGCCUUUGCCGCCCUUGAGAACGGACACACCUUACGCGGGUCAAACGAGCCUCAGUUCGAGCUAUGCUUUGGCGGACAAAAGCAGUUCUGCAAAUCACAUUACACAGACUUGGACUCCCAUUCGGACGACUUUGAUCCAGCCUCCACAAAAAGCAAGUAUGACUCCAUGGAUUUUGACAGCUUGCUCAGAGAGGCCCAGCACAGCCUGAGAAGGUAACAGUUCAGUGGCACAUGCUGUCGGUCACAAAGAGGGACUUCUGAUACCUUACUGUUGUUUCUCGCUCCUUUGCCGACGAGACUACCAGAAGUUUCACACUCUAUGUCAGAGUAUAUAAGAAUAAGUCUAUAGACCUAUAUCAAUAUAAAUGAAUAUAACAAAAAUAAAGUUUACAUGAACAUAGCUGCUGAAGAACUGGGAAAAGACAUUGCAUUUUGGGAAAGCCAGUGAACCCUCAGAACCUGGUGCACAGGUUUGGUGCACUCUACUGCUGCACAACCGUCAGUGAAAGAAGAAAAAAAAACAUUCAUGAUUUUUUUCUCCAAGCACUACAAUGCCCACCAUUCUUUUGGGGGUGAAAACAUGCAGCUUGUUCAGCCAGAUUUGUUUUCUUUUGCUGUUGAUUUUUUCUUUCUUUUAAAUCUGAUGUUUGGAUCUAGUGUUACAUUACAAGCAAGAGUGUCGGGAAUUGUACCUCGGAGAAAAAAUUCUCAAGGUAACAUUGUCGUCUACAUUUUAAGGAGAAAUGUAGACGUGUAUUUACAAAUACUAUAAAAAGGAAUAUUUUUUAUUUUAUGUACAUAUCAGAUAAAGUUCUUUAUUUGUUACAGCUAUGCACUGUAAAACGCAGCCUUUUUUUAAAAAAGAGGAGAAAAUUUCUUAAUUCCGAAUGUCUAUCUGUAGUCAUUACAAUACCGUAAAACAUAUUGUACACCUACAUGAUGUGUAGAAGACAUGAUAUGAUUGUAAAAAAGAAAAAAAGAUAUGUCCAAUUGCUCAUUUUGAGGGAGCAUGUAAACAAAUGUCCUUUUUUAAGUUAUUUUGUUGGGUAAAAAAAAAACAGUUAACCAUGUAUAGUUUUCUCUGUUUAUAAAGUUUCUCAAUCAGUGUUUUUGCUUAUACAACCAGUGUAAAAUGCAUUUUUAACGUGUUUUUCAUGAUU